AUGUUUUAUCACCUCCUAGCAAACGUCGCCGACGCAUUUUGCAUGCACCCAGACCACCUGGGUGAAGAUUCCACUCCGCGAUAUACACCGUCAUCGUAUUUGGCUCUAAAACAUCGCAAAGCAUCCAAGAAGCCUAUUCGAACCGCCCGUCCAUCACAGCCGAGUGUCCCUAGAACUGUCUUCCGAGCGAGAAGCCCAUCGCCAUGCCCAUUCACCCACCAGCCACUAGCGCGAGAAUUGAAGCAGUUUCCGGCAUACGAAGAAGACGAAGACGACUGGGAAGAGUGGAAGCGGAAUAAUGGCAAGGUCACAGUCAAUGGCCAUGACAUUGACCACUGCAUUCGACACUGCGAACAUCGCAUAUGUCGCUCCAUCACCGACAAAGACAGGAAGCGCGAAAUCGAGCCUAAAGCAUGCAGAUGUUGCAGGCGACUUCUCAUCCUCGAAGACACCAGUUUCAGACAAGAAAGGAUAUCGCAUCUUCGACUCCAGGAUAUUCUGGCCGCCCGAAGAGCAUACGAGAUGACCAGCCAUGACAAGACUGUUACCCUGGAACUAGAAUCCACCACCGCCCUAGUCAAAAAGAUGCGAAGCAUGGGAUAUCUUGAUAUCACAAAAUAUCUCCGCGGAUCCAAACACUUCACGAGGAGCACCACACUCUACCCCACGCAGUACCUCGCUGCUACUCGCGCAGCCAACGUCCUCAUCUCCAAACUGCUGCACUACCUAUCCAUCACGCUAUUGCCCCUUGAGAACCAAACCCGCACUCUGACCAUCGCUGAUCUAGUGAAAGAGAUGACGGAAGUCAUGCGUCUGGACAUCUUCUGGUGGGGAUAA